AUGACAAACCAAAAUCACGAAUUAAUGGUUGUGAAUGUCGAAGGUGAAGUGACAGCUGGAAACGGAAAGCAAUAUGAAACAACCUUGUCUCCUCAACCGUCUAGCAAUGAACCUAAGGAGCAAGACUCUGUAAGCGAAAGUUACGAAAUAAGUGAUGAUAAAAAAUCGGUCAUUACACCACAAUGUAGUAUCUGGAAAAUUAAUGACAAUUUAGAAAUAAAAAAUAAACGAAAAUCCGAAAUUCCUCACAACCUUGACUUACCCCCAACUCCUACUUUCGCACCUUCUUCCUAUUGUGACAAUAACUCUCCAACUUCCUCACCAUGUUUUUCGUCAUAUUUUGAUAUUUAUCAAACAACAUUUGAUACAUCUAUUUCCUGUUCCGAGGGUAAUUUACCUACUGAUUCGCCCGACACGCCACCUUUAUCUCCACCAGGAUCACCUUUAAUCGUUGAAUCAUCUUGUUCACCAAAGUCUCCUGAUUCCGUGCUUAAUUCCCCAUCACUUCCUUUACUUCCUUUACUUAGUAAUUUAGAACAACGCCACGUAGAAAAUCGUCCCCGAAGAGUUUCUUUCAAUAAAACUGUAACAUUUAUACCUCAUAUCCCACCUCCACCAAACAAAAUUCGAAAAAAGCUCACUAGAGAGGCAAGUUUGAGACAAAAAGAUCUGGUUGUCAAAGUUGAAGAUUUGGGUAAAGUUAGGUUAGAUGGUAAAAAUGGUCGUGUAAUUAAAAUUGUACCUAAUGUUUUUCCAGGACCUUUGAAUGGAGAAUAUGGACAAUGUGGUGUCAUGUUAAAAGAUGUUGAUGUUUCAAUGGAAAUUUCUUCACCGAACACUUCAAAAAACUAUAAAAAGUUGCGUCUUGGAAAACAUUUCAAACGAUAUUAUAAUAAAUUAGUUCAAUAA